GAAGGUGCGUGGGGCAUGACAUUUGGAAUGCGAUUUGAGAGAAUGCGCCUUUUUGAACGUCUUUAAACCUGCGAUAUCAUGUUUUUGGAUGAAUGAAAUGCUCAUAUCUGGCUGAAUAGUAGCAGAAGGCGAAACGACUUACAUCCGGGAUGAAUACAUCGGAAAAUGCUUGAAUGAGCUGAAUCACUGGAUGGUUGUUCAUUUUGAAGGUCGCCCACGGGCCCAUAAUCGUUUUGUCUGCUCAGGGUCAUGCUAGCCGUGCCCGCACAAUCUGCCCCCGUCCUCACAAAUGCAGUACUGGUGCGUACGUGACUUUCCCCCGCCCACUUUGCUGAUACCUCUGCACUGAAUCUGCGAUUUCCGAUGCUCUGUGGGGGAGAAGGCACCUGAAUCUGCGGUGUCCGUCCGUCGAACUGCCGUGGUGCUGUCAAAGGAGGUAAAUAGACUUUUUCACUCGUCUCGAUUCCACCGAGCUCCAAUCCUUUUCCAAAAGAUUGCAUUUUUCCCGAUGGCGCACCACUGUAGUCGUACCGACUAUAUAUAUUGGAUGGUCGAAGAUCUUGCCCAAAAGAAGUCAGCUGCCUAUUUGUGUCUGAGGUUGUACCAGAUGGGGCAGGAGGAGAAUAAGCCGGUAGUACUGGUGGGUAAGUAUAUCUCUCAGCUGCUGGCGGGAAGGCAAGCAGAUCGUAUGUCCCGCCAGUGUGGGAUCUGUUAUAGGCUUCACCGCUUGUGGUGGACAUUGGAGGAGCAGACGAGUCGGUAUUUUGCGUCGACGAGGUUUUGGAGUACAGAGGGUAAACGGAAGGUAUCGCUUCGUAUGAGGAAACAAACGAUGACGGCACGCUUUUGGCCUUGGAGAACACUCCAGGAUCGAAAGCAGGAAGCGACGACGACGUUGUUGGAUCUAACGAGUUUGACACCUCCAUUGGUGAAAUAUUGACGGCCCCACUUGGAAGAGACGAA